GCCCCUCAGCACCGCAUGCGGGCCGCCCCCGCAGCCAGAAAAGCGCCGCUGCCUCGGGGCAGGCUUUAGUAGAGCAAGGGGCGGACUGGCCCAGCCGCACCUUUCCCCCCCUCCCGCCUUUUUCCUCGGCAGCGGUGCUGGAGAGGAGAGUGCGGCUCCUGGAGCGAGGGCGUGCGAGGCUGAGGAGCUGCUGUGGCCCCACACUGCUUUGGUUAAACUGACGCAAAUAUGCUUCCCGGAUGCGGUGAAGGUUAAUGCUGUUAGAUGCAAGCUAAAUAGAAGAGAUUACAAAGUAAUAUAAGUUUACUACAAGUAGAGAGCCAAUGGCAGUUUUACUCAGACUUUGUCACUGUAACAGAAGGACUGGCUGUAAGAUGGAACUGCCUGAUUUUGCUGUUGCUGUUUGGAUGUUCGUUUGCUUCUGUGCACCUGUGGGUGGCUAUCCAAAUGGAAAAGUAAGAGAAGCCUGCACUAGCAUGGUGCCCUGUCAUGGUAGCUCUCCUCAACUGUCACCUGAGCACACCAUUACAGUGAAUGGGACUGAAUUUAAAGCAGGGGACCACAUAGAAGUUCAUCUCUCUGGACCAGAUUUUGAAGGAUUUUUCAUCCAAGCCCGUGAUGCAGAACACCUGGAUAGGCCUGCAAUAGGUUCUUUUGUGUUAGCUGACCGGAGACGUUCUCAGCUUCUGACGUGUGGUCGUACCAAGAAUUCAGCUGUCAGUCACACAAGUAAAGCAAAAAAGAAAGACAUAAAAGUUUAUUGGAUUGCUCCUGGAGAUGCUCCAAAACAUGUACAGUUUCUAGCCACAGUUGUGAAGAAAUACAGGAUUUUCUGGGUAAAGAUUCCAGGUCCCAUUGUUUCUCAGCCUGAUGCACUGUCCCCAACACCAUCUUUGCCUGCAAUAUCAGAGGCUAUGUCAACUUCAUACCCAGUUUCCUACAUAUCAAAGCCAUUUAGUGCAUCAGGUUGUGGAAGUAUGAAGUUCUGCAUUAGGAACCCUUCAAACUGUGAUCCUGGAAGUGCUUCCUGUUUUUUUCUAUCCUUCCAACAAGAGGAGAGUUCAGUUUUUAUUGAAAUGAGUGGUCCAAGUGAAGGAUAUUUAGCAUUUGCAUUGUCCCAUGACCAGUGGAUGGGUGGUGAUGAUGCAUAUCUGUGUGUUAAUGAGGAUCACYGUGUUCACGUAAGCACUGCCCGUCUGAAGGAGCGAAGUCAUCCUCUCUUGGAUUCAGAGAAUGCCCUUGAAGAUGUGUCAUGGAGGCUUGCGGAUGGUGUUCUUCAAUGUUCUUUCAGAAGGAGUAUUCAUCUCCCUGCUUAUAAAGGGAGAUUUAAUCUGGAUAACAGUUAUUACAUCUUUCUGGCAGAUGGGGAAGCUAGUGAAGGUGGACUAAUACACAAACACCAUCGUCAGCCCCUGGUCACCGAUGGACUGUACAAUGUCACAGGUCUUCCUCAGGAUAUCGGAGGUUCCCGGUCCCCACGACUUAUCAAGGCUCAUGGAGCACUAAUGUUUGUUGCUUGGAUUACCACAGUUAGUAUUGGUGUUAUUGUUGCACGAUUCUUCAAACCCGUCUGGUCUCAUUCAUUCCUUUUUGGAAAGGAGUUGUGGUUUCAGGUGCAUCGUAUGCUUAUGUUGACCACAGUCAUGCUUACAAGCAUUUCUUUUGUGUUGCCUUUUGUAUACCGAGGAGGUUGGAGCCAACAAGCAGGUUUUCAUCCCUAUCUUGGCUGUACUGUGAUGGCUUUGACAAUCUUUCAACYGCUUAUGGCAGGUUUCAGACCAUCUCGUCAUGCACCAAGGAGGCAAUUGUUUAACUGGUUUCACUGGAGUACUGGUACAACAGCUAGAAUAUUAGCUGUGGUGACUAUGUUCUUGGGAAUGGAUCUGCCAGCACUUGACCUGCCAGACCCAUGGGACACCUAUGCAAUGAUUGGCUUUGUAGCUUGGCAUGUCGGUACUGAUGUUCUUCUGGAAAUACACAGCUACUGUCUCGUUCGUAAAGUUGAAGUGAUAGAUGAGGACAGAGUACAGAUACUGCAGUCUCUCACAUCUGCAGAAGCAGAGGGUCGUCUGUUUAAACAGAUCGUGUUAACCAUCUAUGUAUGUGGAAAUAUAGUAUUCCUUGUUGCCUUCCUGAUAGCAAUCAACCAAGUAUGAAAUAAGUGUUUGGGGAUUUUAUAAUGAAAUACUGUGCACUUGAAAAUCUACAAGGAAUACUUUUUACUACUACUUUUUUUCUCCACAUGUCCCUGAAGGUAUAAUUGAAGAAUAACAGCACAUGUGUGUCAUACUCAGUGUUAGGGAGAUCUGGAAUGCAAAAACCCCUCUGUCUGCUCUGAGAGCAGUGACUUACACAACAAGCAUAGGAGUUUGAGAACUUCAGUCCUUUAGUAAAACCACCAUUUGCCUCCCCCAAAAUACUGCUCUGUCUCAUCCCUCUUGGUGCUUCUGAACCAUAAAGAGAAAAUGUGUUUGCAAAAUAUAAUGCAUUAAAUCCCAUUGUAACUUGUCCAAAACUUAAACCAGGAAGAAUCUAGAUGUGUUUAUGGAUUUUUGUUUUGCUGUCAUUGGUUGCUUAUGGCUUCUGAAUUACUUGACUGUGUGAACAAGAUGGAUUUAUGCCAAUUGAUGCUUUAAUGGAAGUGAAAAUAUUUGCUCUGGAAUGUUGCAGUUGUAUUUGUGCUGUUGASCAAAACAUGAUUUGGGAGCUAGGCUGGCUUCAGGAAAAGCAGCUUCUGUUAGUGUUUAAUGAGAAUUCUUUGAGCUGGCAUAUCUAGAAAACAGAACUAUAAGAAUUCUAUAACAAUUCUAUUGUGGAAGAAUAUCGCAGCGCAAUUUUUAGUCAACAAAAAGGUUCUCCAGAUAUAUGAACUACAUACAAAGGAUAAAAGAGACACUAUUGUGUAAGUUUUUUGGUUCCUGGUUUGCCUACCAUGAAAUGGAAUUUUAAAAAUGAAACCUUAAUAUGCCAUGGAGUUACCGUGCUUUGCAGUUGUGUUUUGUGGCUCUGAACAGCUUGCUUCUGCACAUCUUUGUUUUUGUUACUGGAAAGUAUCAAUUUUUAGUUACAACAAUUUAAAAAAAAUAUUUUUAGGCUAGUGCUACUAAACUAGCUGCGAAUGAAGGUGUUGGGAGUAUUGAAUAGGAUAGUAAGUAGUGAGGCCUGACUGGGUACAGACUUCUACAGCAGCAGCUCUACAAGUAUGGCCAGCUCUAAAAUACUUGCAGGGGUGGGCCASGUGGUGGUUCUCUGCAGUUACUAAAGCUGCCUGGUUUCUUCCUCCACCUCCCCAAGUCCAUAGUGCAGCCUGUUGCAUGGACAGGUAAUAUUUAGGAAGCUACAAGUUUGUUUAUAGUCAGUGAUCUUCUUGGCUGCUCAGAUAUCUGAUUUAGCCAUAAGGGCAUUUAUAGAACUGGGAUUAUUCCCUUUGUCAGCAGCAGCUGGCUGUGAGUGUCUCAGUUGAAUCAUCUUCCUUAAAAAAGUCCUGUGCAGUUUGGGAAAGGGGGAUUAUGAAGAAAUGAGUCACAACCCAGGCUGAAGAGCAAGAAGCAUGGGGCCAGCUGUGUGGGUGUGUGGAAUUUUUAGAGAAUUGUGAUCUCAAGAGCCUGGGCAUCUCUKCCUCAUAUAGUGCUGAAGUUUUGAGGGACUCUUUUGUAUACUGUGAGUUUAGAGAAGAAAAAUCACUCAACCUAGGCAUGAUUGAUGGCUUUUUAAAUUAAGGUUAAUACCAUAUUCUUUCUGUAAURUAAUAGCUGUACUCUGGGUUGUUUCAUUUACUUGUGGCAAUGAACAUGGGUUUUAAAACAUGAAUGUAAAUAUCUCAAUAAAUGUUCUUGUCCCUUUUAGUAAUGUGAAAAUGCUGUUAAAUGGAAACCAGAAAAGUCUUGCCUAGGMGCAAAAUGGAUUGUCUGUUUUUUGUAGCUGUUGUUUUAUAAAUUAAAGCUAUCUCAAUA